CUACCGGGCUCCGACCGCACUGCGCCGCCCGCCGCCCGCCCGCCGCCGGCGCCGCCGCCCAGCGAUCCGGCCGCGGCGGCUCAGACCGCGGCUGCGGCGGGCGCGGGCGCGGGCGGCGGCGGCUUCCUCUCGCCCGCCCGUCUUGGGACCUUUGCCUGCGCGCCUACCCGCGGGGUAACAGCGCGCGCUUCGGCCCUCAGCGGGACGGGGACUGGGACGUCAGGCCCAAGGCCCUGCUGUCCCCCACGAUGAGGAAGCUGAGGCUCAGAGAAAGAGAGUGAUAUAUACUCAACGUCCUGUGAUCAGAGUGCAGGAACCAGGUGCAGGUGGUCAGCUGCCGCCGGGCCCAUGCCGUGAGGCCGGGAGGCCGGCGUCCGCCACCAGCAUGCCGUGGGACGCGCGGCGGCCCGGGGGCGGCGCGGACGGCGGGCCGGAGGGCGCAGGCGCGGCGCGCUCAAGGGCGCAGAAGCAGUGUCGCAAGUCGUCGUUCGCCUUCUACCAGGCCGUCCGCGACCUGCUGCCGGUGUGGCUGCUCGAGGACAUGCGCGCCAGCGAGGCCUUCCACUGGGACGAGCGCGGCCGCGCCGCCGCUUACUCGCCCUCCGAGGCGCUGCUCUACGCGCUCGUGCACGACCACCAGGCGUACGCGCACUACCUGCUGGCCACGUUCCCGCGGCGCGCGCUCGCGCCGCCCAGCGCCGGCUUCCGCUGCUGCGCGGCGCCCGGGCCGCACGUGGCGCUGGCCGUGCGCUACAACCGCGUGGGCAUCCUGCGCCGCAUCCUGCGCACCGUGCGCGACUUCCCGCCCGAGGAGCGCGCGCGCGUGCUGGACCGGCGCGGCUGCAGCCGCGUGGAGGGUGGUGGCACGGCGCUGCACGCGGCCUGCGAGCUGGCGCGCCCCGAGUGCCUCUUCCUGCUGCUUGGCCACGGCGCGUCACCCGGCCUGCGCGACGGCGGCGGCCUUACGCCUCUUGAGCUGCUGCUGCGCCAGCUGGGCCGUGACGCCGGGGCCCCCAAUUCCGCCGCCGCCGCCGCCGGGGCGCCCGCCUCUGCGCCCGGGGAGCCGCGCCAGCGCCGCCUGCUGCUGCUCGACCUGCUGGCGCUGUACACGCCCGCGGGCGCCGCCGGCCCUGCCCGCCGGGAGCUGCUGGGCGACCGGCCGCGCUGGCAGCGGCUGCUGGGCGAGGACAAGUUCCAGUGGCUGGCGGGCCUGGCGCCGCCCUCGCUCUUCGUGCGCGCCAUGCAGGUGCUGGUCACCGCCAUCUCGCCUGGACGCUUCCCUGAGGCCCUGGACGAGCUGCCGCUGCCGCCCUUCCUGCAGCCGCUGGACCUCACGGGCAAGGGCUAGACCUCGGCGGGGAGUGGGGGGGGGGGGGGGCUGCUCGUUGGAUUUUUGGAAAUACUAUUUUUCAGAGCGUUGUACCCAGCACUUUACAUAUAUUGAUCUCUGUGUAGGAGAA